AUCGUGAAGCAUUCUUAGUGUUUUUAUGAAAAAUAGCAUGCUCCGUCACAGCGGACAAAUAUUUCGAUACCAGCCUGUGUUUAUGGUUUGGAGCAUAUAUAUCCAUUUUCAAAAGCUUUGAUAGGCAAAAGAGAUUUGGUGUUGGCAAUAUGAUAUAAUACAUACCUUAAUAUGGCCUGAGACUAACAUAGUCUCAGAUAUGGCAUAUCACCUUUCUUGUAGCACCAACGAAAAUUUAUGAAAAUCGAACCCUGCAUGUUGUGUGGGUAGGUUGAAAUCCACCUAGGUAAGGGCGGUAAAUUACACCAUCGAUCCCAUCUCUGUACAUGAUGAUGUGAAUUUACUUACUUUACUCUCCUAAGCCUAUUUGCAUUUCAGAUAGUUAGUGUGGAGAGACGAAGUGAGGGUGGAUUCACCAGGGGGAGUAUGACAGUCCAGGGUAAAGACGAGUUCCAAGGCACGACACUAGUUAUUAAGUUUCAAAAUGAAAACAAUUUAGCCACAAUGCACCAUCCAAAUGGUCAGAAAGAGAUUAUGGUUUGCGCCCCCGAUUUGAUAUGUAUUGUGGAUUCAAAAAAUGGCGAACCAAUAAUGAAUGAAGAAGUGCGCCAUGGUCUACACGUGGCAGCUUUUGGCAUACCAGCACACCCGUUGCUUCUCUCUGAGCGAGCAUUACAAUAUGUUGGUCCACAGGCAUUUGGCUACUCAAAAGAGGAAGUGAAGUUUAAGCCUAUUGGUGGUUAUAAGGACUCUGGAUCCAUGGCUUUGGUGUAAAACUGUACAAACCAGUGUUUUCACGUGGAUAUGUUGAACUUGAAAAGUAAAAGACUGUUUACUGACUGUACUAUUUACAAUAUUCUUUUUAUUGUCGUUUUCCAGUAUAGGUUUUAUAUUUAUAUUUAGGUGCAAAUAGUUCGCUC